AUGACAGAAAAAAUUGUACCAGAUGAAUUAUUGCACCAAUACUUUGGAAAAAAGAAGCCAUUGAUACCAAUGUAUGCUGACAGUUCAAAGACUUGGGUUAACUCUUCUGAAAAGAAAUCUGCCUCUUCUCUUUCUGGUGAUACGAAAGAAUUUGAAACGGUUUAUAGUAAAGAACACGAGAUGACAUUUAUUAUAGACCAUCAAGGUAAUUAUUAUUAUGGAGGUAGUCAGGAUACUGUAAAUGAAGUUAAUUUUAUGGUUAAAACAGUUUCGACGGUUAAAAGUGACGAUUUAAGUAAUAUUGAAAAAUAUCUAUACAGUGAAAAGUCGUCCAGCGAUACUGCAAGCAUACCAAACUAUGCUAAUAUUAAUAUCGGAAAUUCUAAGGAUAAUGCAAGUGAGAAAAAAUCAAUAAUUGAUACCCAUAAAGCUGAUGACGCAAUUAAUUUAGAUAGAAUAAAGGAUAAUAUUAGGAAUUACAAUAAGGAUAAGACAUAUAAGAUGAAAAGUAUUUUUAGUGAAGACGAAUCUUCUAAUUUUAGUAUUUCAAAUUAUUCUCAGAGUACAGACAAUACUGACGAACUUAUUAUCAGAAUCCCAACACAAUCGGAAUUUAGAGAGAUUAAAAAGCCCAUUCAAACGGUGGAUAAUUUCGCAAUAUAUAAUGAUUUUAUCGAUAUUGAUGACACCGAUGAUGAUAAUGUUGACGAUCUAACUCUUGAUUCAUUUGACGAGUUAGAUGAAGUGCUAUAUAAAAGACUAUCAAAAAUAAUGAAACGAAAAGGUUUAAAUAGAAAAUAA